GGACAGCUUGGAAAACCACAAACUACCUGGAGGGACCUGACCCCGUGCUGGCAAUGGCCUCCCAAGCUGUGUUUACGGUCCAACCCCAGUUCUCAGUUGCCCGACAGCCAGGGCAGUGGCAGACAGGGCUGCUGGACUGCUGCUCCGACUGCGGCGUGUGUCUUUGUGGGACGUUCUGCUUCUUCUGCUUGAGCUGCCAAGUGGCCGGGGACAUGGACGAGUGCUGCCUGUGUGGCUCCAGCGUGGCCAUGAGGACCCUGUACCGCACCAGAUACAACAUCCCGGGCUCCAUCCUGGGAGACUUUUGCUCCAUGUGGUGGUGCAGCCCCUGUGCGCUCUGCCAGCUGAAGAGAGACAUCAAACAGAGAAGGGAGAUGGGCAUUUUCUGAUGCUGCCAUCUUCAGUGCACCCUGUGGAGCCACUGCAGACAGGAGCUGCUGCUGCCCUGGAUUGUCACCCUGAGAAUCAGGCCUUUCA